GUUCUCUGGUAGUCUGCCGCGGGACCGGGACAGACAGCUGAGGAAAGGAGGGGGGUGGGGGGUGCGCUUGAAUGUCCAACCGGGACGGUCGGUGGACUACCGCGACCGCACAACGCACGAUUAACAGGUCUUCCCAGUUGACUGAUGAGCAGCCAGUAGGAGCGAGGUUGGGCAGCACCGAGGGGCACAGGUAAACACGACUUCCUCCCCGCUCCCAUCUCAGUGCUGAUUCACCAGAGACGUUCAAGCGCACGCUGGCCGCAUGCUGACGGGAUUUCGUCAGUGGGUCAGCAGCUGCAGACAGGACGAUUGGAGGACAGAAGACAUAGCUGCAGAACUGCUGGCGAUUUACGAGCGGUUUGCCUUAGCACGCUAGUGGCAGCAGAGAGGAAGAAGGAAGUCUUGGCGAUGGUCACGGCUAUGGAGGACGCCUGUCCCAAUGGGGUACGGGAGGAGGAGGAGGAAGUGACGCCGGCGGGACAGCUCGGCGUGGAGGGGCCCCCGGCGGUGCAGUCCGCCCAGGAAGCAGAUACGUCCGGAGCCAUGCAGCAGGUGCUGGAUAACCUGAGCGAGCUGCCCACCUCCACGGGAGCCAAAGACAUCGACCUGCUCUUCCUGCGCGGCAUCAUGGAAAGUCCCACUGUACGCUCUCUCGAUAAGGCUCACGAACAGCUGGAGGAAGUGAAGCUGGAGGCCGUGCAGGACAACAAUGUAGAGCUGGUGACGGAUAUCCUGGGCGACAUCAGCAAUCUGCAGGUGAAAGACGACAGCGCGGCCGAACUGUCAAGGAUCCUCAAGGAGCCUCACUUCCAGUCUCUGUUGGAGGCACAUGACAUGGUGGCUUCUAAGUGCUACGAAGUCCCGCCCCCGACCGAGCCCACCAAUGAUGCGGCAGUGAACAGCGCUCUGAUGCAGGCGGAUGCCGUGCGCAUGAUUGGCAUCCGAAAGAAGGCCGGGGAGCCACUGGGCGUGACAUUCCGCGUGGAGAAGGACGACCUCGUCAUCGCUAGAAUCCUUCACGGCGCCAUGAUUGACAGACAGGGUCUGCUCCACGUGGGCGACAUCAUAAAGGAGGUGAACGGGAAGGACGUCGGCAACAAUCCCACCGAGCUGCAGGAGAUGCUGAAGGACUGCAGCGGGGGGAUCACGCUGAAAAUACUGCCGAGCUACCGAGACGCUCCCGCCCCUCCGCAGGUGUACGUGCGGCCGUACUUUGACUACGACCCAGCACAUGACAGCCUGAUCCCUUGCCGGGAGGCGGGGAUGGGUUUCAAGAAGGGCGACAUCCUUCAGAUUGUCAACCGAGAGGAUCCCAACUGGUGGCAGGCGUGCCAUGUCGUCGCCGGGGCAACCGGACUGAUACCCAGUCAGUUCUUGGAGGAGAAAAGGAAAGCGUUUGUCCCCCGAGACUUUGAUGGAUCAGGAAUCCUUUGUGGGACCAUAGCUGGGAAGAAGAAGAAGAAGAUGAUGUACCUGACGGCCAAGAAUGCCGAGUUCGACAGACACGAGCUGCAGAUCUACGAGGAAGUGGCCAAGGUGCCGGCCUUCCAGAGGAAGACGCUGGUUCUGAUUGGUGCUCAGGGCGUGGGCCGACGCAGCCUGAAGAACCGGCUGAUGGUCCUGCAGCCCACACGGUUCGGCACCACCAUGCCCUACACUUCGCGGCGGCCCCGCGACGACGAGCUGGACGGAAACUCCUACCACUUCACCUCGAGGACGGAGAUGGAGGCGGACGUGAAGGCCGGCCGGUUCCUGGAGCACGGCGAGUACGACGGUAACCUGUACGGCACAAAGAUCGAGUCCAUCCACGAGGUGGUGGGCACGGGGCGCACCUGCAUCCUGGACGUCAACCCGCAGGCUCUGAAAGUGCUGAAAACAGCCGAGUUCAUGCCGUACGUGGUGUUCAUUGCCGCGCCAGAUUUUGACACCCUGAAGGCCAUGCACAAAGCCGUGGUGGACGCGGGGAUCACCAGCAAGCAACUCACGGACGUGGACCUGAAGAAGACGGUGGAUGAGAGCGCUCGGAUCCAAAGGGCUUACAGCCACUACUUUGACCUGACCAUCGUCAACGACAACCUGGACAAGGCCUUCGAGACGUUACACGCCGGCGUGGACAAACUGUGCAGUGAACCCCAGUGGGUCCCGGUGAACUGGGUGUACUGAGGACCGGCUGCAGGGGGGUCACGCUCGCUCGUCCGUGACCAAAGAGGCCGAAGACGAGGAGGAGGAGGAGGAGGGCAGCGUCGCGUCUGCAAAAUAACAUAAAUAGUAAAAGGAAAAAGAAAUCCUGCUGCUCUUUCUCCUCUUGCACGCCGUGCAACUUUUUUUCUACUCAAAGGGAAAGAGUGCUUAUUUAUUUUAUAACUUUUUACAAAAGAUCUUUCUAUUCGAUGUGGAAUUCCAUUGAGAACGAGACAAAGAAAUCUGCUCACGUACUCGGGCCAUAUUUUUGGAUUAAUUUAUUGACGUAGUUACGCUUCUUAUUUUGUAGUCGUUUCCCUUGAUAUAAUUUGUCCGUCUGUGUUUGGUGGACGUCCACCCGUCCUCCAACAUGAAGACAAGUGGAGGCGCCGGAUGAGAAGAACCCUGAGUCAGCGUCACACACCGUUGCCACGCCUGAACAACCCGUGUAGCCGUUUUUUUAUCUUCACGUCCAAACUACUUAAUCCUUUAGUGUCUUUGUGUAGCCGGCCCCAAACUCCUUCAUCUGUGUCGUCCACAGGAUCAGCGGGGCAGGAAUAAAGAAAAUGCCCCGUAUGUGCACAACUCCUCUAGUACGUAAAAGAUAAAAAGCUUUUUCAAGAUCAAAUGAUGCUAAUUCUGUUUAUCUUUUUAUUUUCUUAUAGUAGCUCAUCAGUGUGGUGAUUUAUACAUGCAUAGAGUGUAGUGUUUUGUCACACAUCCAUCCAUUGAUUUGUUUUUAAUUACCCUGUAUGAAGAUCAUCUAGUCAUUGACCCCCUUGUCUCCACGGUCUACAUGAGCCAAUUUGUUAAUGUUUUGCAUAUAUACACAAAGAUAUAUGUAUAUAUGUGUGUGGCACAAAUCAAGUCCCUCCUUAUUGUCCUUCUCUCAAGUGUUGCAGUAUGCCAAAACCCAUCCUACUCCAAAUAAAGUUUGAAAUUCACCCUUUUGUUAAAAGUGAUUGGUAUUUUAACUGCAGGGCAACGUAAAUGUGGGAUUUGAUAUAAGACUUUGGGUGGGAAAUACAUGUUUUUAACGUGUUUUAGGUAGUAAAAAACUACCCGUCUAGGACUUUAGGACAGCACAACCAAACACCUAAUAAAUGACCAUGUAUGAUC